AGAUUAGUCGUGUUGUUUUCAUGGCUCUACAUGCACGAGCGCACGCACGUCGCCGUCGAGGAAUCCAAGGAUGGAUGUAGAAAUGGAGAUGCUGCUCCGCUCUGCCGUGCCGUCCUCGUCGUAGGUGGUACCAGAACGUUCGUGCCCCGCGCCGCGGUAAAGCACGCGCACCCUCCGAUCCCACGGGAUGUUGACGCCGGACGGCUGAACUUUCACAGAAUCCAGAAAAGUUUCCGGUGAAUCGGCGCCGACUGCCGGGCACACGUGAAGGUUCCGGAGACCCGUCGCCGUCGAGGGAAGAAACAGCCACGCGCGCGACGACCAAACGGCAAGCCGCCGGCAGGACCAGUGCGCCCAAACGCGCGGGGAUUUGGUCCCGGCACACGCGCCAACGCCGCGACGUGGAGCAGCGGAGCGCACAAGCGCCGCGCGUUUCCAGCCGCACGACUCGCAUCCACUUAAGCCCCUCGCGCCACCCACCCUCCGAUCGUUCACGGGCUCACGAUGGCCGCGCUCGCAGAUCUCGUGUCGUGCCCCGCGAAAUGGCCGAGGGCGGCGAUGGCCGCGCUCGCGGCCGCCGUGUUCGCGGUCCUGGACGUCGUCGACGUGCUCCUCUGCCUCGUCUACGGCGUCCUCGACGGCUUCCUGGAGGAGAGCCCCCUCGGCUGCUACUGCCACCGGAGCCGGGGAAAGGUCCCGGCGGCGGGGGAGGAGGAGGACGACGGGGUGUCCGACACAUUGUACGUCCGGAGGAGCGCGUGCCGGGACGCGCUGCUGCGGCUCCUCGGGGCGGUCGGCGGGGGGACGAGGAGGAAGGAGGACGGGUCGCCGGCGAAGGCCCGGAGCCCGAGGUGGUCCGACUGCGGCUGCGGGAAGUGCGGCGCGUGGCGGAGCAACGGCGGCGACCGGCUGCACUUCGUCCUGCAGGAGCCGACGGCGCCCAAGGAAGGUGCAGAGGAGACGCGAAGCGAGAGCGGCCGCGGAGACGACGCCAUCUUCAUCCACGGCUUCACGUCCUCCUCCUCCUUCUGGGCGCAGACCGUGUUCCCCGAACCCGCCGCCACGAACCACCGCAGGCUGAUUGCCGUGGAUCUCCUCGGCUUCGGCGACAGCCCCAAGCCGGCGAACUGCGCGUACACGCUGCGAGACCACGUCGAGGCCAUCGAGCGGAGCCUCAUCGAUCCGCUCCACCUGGGCUCCUUCCAUCUGGUCAGCCACUCGAUGGGCUGCACCAUCGCCAUCGCCCUGGCCGCCAAGCACCCAGCGCGGGUCAAAUCGGUCACGCUCGUCGCGCCGCCGUACUUCCUGCCGUGCGAGGAGAGGGCGAGCCAGGUGGCGCUGCGCAGGCUCGCCGAGAAGAAGCUCUGGCCGCCAUUGCUGUUCGGCUCGGCGGUGAUGUCUUGGUACGAGCACAUCGGGAGGACCAUCUGCUUCGUCGUCUGCAAGAACCACCGGUUUUGGGAGUGGCUCAUCAAGAUCCUCACGCGCACGAGCGGCGUGGACAUCGUGGUGAGGGACCUGACAAGGCACACGCACCACUCGGCGUGGCACACGAUGCACAAUGUGAUCUGCGGCGGGGCGAGGGCGCAGGACCGGAACCUGGAGGCGCUGGCGGCGGCGGGGGUGCCGGUGAGGGUCGUCCACGGCGACGGGGACCAGGUGGUCCCAGUCGAGUGCAGCAGCCGCCACCUGAAGUCGAAGCUCCCGCACGCGGAGCUGCGUAUCAUCGGCGGGCGCGACCACCGGACGGUGGUGUUCGGCAGGGAGGAGGAGUUGGCCCAAGAGCUCCGGGCGUUCUGGUCGGGCUGCGAGAAGGCAGGGUGUGCAUGCUAAUGGAUGCUGGGGAAUGAAACGACGCGAAGUCUCAAACGAUGCCGCAUAGUCAUAGUGUACAGAACUACAGGACGAAACUGUAGGAAACAUGUUGUUCUUCUAGCAGCGGGAUUCUUGCUGGUAAUUUUUCUAGAAUGAAGGCAUCACGCCAUGUUCCAUUUUUCAUUGAAAUGAAGCAAAGUCUAUACAAAAUCAUCCAUUAGAGCUUCUACAACCGGAUAUAGCAAAACCAGCCUCUAAGAGCAACUCCAAUGGGGUGACCCUCGUCCGUUUUUUGUCCGCUUGGGUUGGCCGCCCACCCGGCGUCCGCCCUCUUUUAGAUAUGUGUCGGCAGGGCGCCCAACGCGCCGACCCAUAUGUGCCGGCGUGGCUGCCACACCCCUAUUUUUUCUUUGCAUAAUUGCAUAGUUUAAAAUAAAAUCAUUUUGGACGGAAUAAAAUAGCACAGUUUAUUACAAGCCAAAUGAAAAUAAAAAUGU